AUGGCUGCUUCCUACGUCCUCCUCCUCGUCGCUGCUCUCGUUGCUUUGGCUUCCUCUCCAGCCAUGGCCCGCGAUCCCGGUCCUCUCCAAGACUUCUGUGUCGCGGACAACACAUCCGAUGUGUACGUCAACGGAUUUGUCUGCAAGGAUCCAAAGCUCGUCAAAGCCGAGGACUUCUUCUUCUCCGGUCUCGACCAGCCUCGCAACACCACCAACAAAGUCGGCUCCAACGUCACACUCCUAAACGCGAACCGAAUUCCCGGCCUCAACACCCUCGGCAUCUCCAUGGCCCGGGUGGACUACGCGCCGUUUGGCCUUAACCCUCCUCACAUCCAUCCCCGGGCGACGGAGAUUCAGACGGUGUUGGAAGGCUCGCUCUACGUCGGCUUCGUCACCUCCAACCCCGACAACAGGCUCAUCACCAAAGUGCUUCGCAAGGGUGAUGUGUUUGUGUUCCCCCAAGGCCUCAUCCACUUCCAGUUCAACUACGGCAUCAACAAGGCCGUCGCACUCUCCAGUCUCAGCAGCCAAAACCCGGGGGUGAUCACCAUUGCCAAUUCCGUCUUCGGCUCCAAACCGGCCAUCUCGGAUGAUAUCCUCGCUAAGGCCCUUGGGGUGGACAAGAAGAUCAUAGACCUGAUUCAGGCUCAUUUCUAG